AUGAAUACUAUUAUUCUGCUACCUAAUACUAUUCAGGCCCUACAAAAUUUUAUUUCCAUUUGGAGGCAAGACCCUGCUGCUCAAUAUAAUUUAGAAAUCUUCUCCCAAAAUCUUGAAGAAACAGCUUUAAAUGAAAUCGAUCAACUUAUUAGAAGUCUGGAUGAACCAAUUAAUAAUUCAAUUCCUAUCUUAGAAGAAGAAUUAAAUUAA